UACAGAUGGGAAGCGAUGGCUCUAAAUACGUAGAUUUAGUUCUCAACAGUAAUUUAGACCGAGAGGAACAGACGGUUCAUAAUUUAAUACUAACCGCUGUAGAUGGCGGGGUCCCUGCACGCUCAGGCACAGCCAGUAUCAUCGUUAGGGUUCUGGAUAUCAAUGACAACGCCCCCUUUUUUAACCAGCCGAUAUAUGCUAUUAAUGUAACUGAGAACUCCCCAAUUGGAACUCUAGUAAUGACCUUGAACGCAACAGACUUGGACGAGGGCACCAACGCAGAGAUGAUAUAUUCAUACACGUUAUAUACAUCCGAGAAGACACAAGAAAAGUUCUCUCUAAAUUCAAAUACAGGGGAAAUAAAGGUGAAGGAUGUGAUUGAUUUUGAGGAGAGCCACAGUUUCGAUAUAUAUAUUCAAGCCAGAGACCAAGGAUCUAAUUCAUUAUCCGGAGAUUGUAAAAUAAUGGUAUUUAUUACCGAUCUGAAUGACAACUAUCCCGAGGUUACCAUUACAUCUUUUAAAAGCACGGUCAAGGAAGAUGUUGCCAUAGGAACAUUAAUAGCAGUGAUCAGUAUAAGUGACAGGGACUCUGGGGACAACGGUGAAGUUGAGCUCACUUUGAACCAACAAACAUCCCUACCCUUCUUUCUUAAUAAGUCUUCGGAGGAUUACUUUGCUCUGCAUGUUUCAGAACCACUGGACCGUGAGAGAAUUCCAAGAUAUGAAAUCACUUUCAUAGUCACAGACAAAGGAACACCUCGCUUAUCUGACAAUGAGACAAUCACCUUGGAGAUAUUGGAUGUCAACGAUAACUCGCCAAUAUUCCCCCAGUCGUUCUACACAAUCCAUGUUGUGGAGAACAAUGUCCCCGGCGCACUGUUGACGUCACUCAGUGCUUUUGACCCGGACCUCCAUGAGAACCAGUAUCUGGUCUAUUUUAUCAUGGAGAAGGAGAUCAUCAACACAUCUAUGUCCAUGCUUUUCUCCAUUAAUCCAGAGAAUGGCAACCUUUACGCUCUGAAGACCUUUGACUUUGAGAGGGAGAGGGAGUUCCUUUUCCAUAUAGAGGCCAGAGACUCUGGGGUUCCUCCACUGAACAGCAAUGUGACAGUUCACAUCAUCAUUCUGGACCAGAAUGACAACACCCCGCUCAUAGUGUCACCUUGGCGCGCGCAGGGCUCAGUUAUUGAAGAGGUGAUACCGAGGUCCACUGAUAAAGGAUUCCUAGUCGCCAAAGUAAUCGCCAUUGACGCAGACUCAUUACAGAAUUCACGGGUCACAUAUCAGCUUCUACAGAUCAGUGACUCUACCCUCUUCAGUCUAGAUCAGUACAAUGGGGAGAUCCGUACCACCAGAAUGUUCAGCUAUCGGGACCCCCGUCAUCAGAGGCUGGUUAUUGUCGCCAAAGACAAUGGAGACCCAGCUCUUUCCUCUACAGUUACCAUCAAGAUAUCAACAGUAGAACACAUGGUGACACCAUUCUCAGAAACUACUGAGGUGCCUUUGGAAUAUGACUUGUUCACCGACUUAAAUCUGUAUUUGGUCAUUGGCUUGGGCUCAGUGUCCUUUCUGCUAUUGAUCACCAUAUUGGUGGUCAUCGUGCUGAAGUGUCAGAAACCGAAGCCCAUGAAGAUGCCUCCUGCUAUGAAUAUGAAUCUGAACAGUCUGAACAGGAACAGUGUGAUCAGCAGAAACAGUAUCAUCAGCCAGAGGAGCUCCACCAUAGCCGAUUCCACCCUCAUCUCCAGUGAUGCCUACUGGUACAGCCUGUUUCUAGCAGAGACCAGGAAAGGCAAGGUGGUUGUCAGACAGCCUAUAGUACCCAAGGGAGCAGGCUACUUUGUGUCCAGUAUACCCAGAAGCACAGGUCCUACAGAGACCAGCGACUCAAGAGCAUCCACGCUACAGGUAUGUGCGCCUCUGAGAUGGAGGCCCAGAGCAGUUUUCCUGUGACAUAUACUUCCUUAUAUGAAAUGCACACUCUUCCUUCCUUCAUGUAAUCACACACCUGACAAGGUUGGAUUGAUGAAAGCAGUAGCCUUGCUUUCAUUGAGCCUAUAAUGCAGUCACUGAUUACAUGAAUGAAGGACGCGUUCAAAUAAUAUUCAAAAAGGCCUUGUUUUGUAAAAAAAAAAAACGUUUUUUCCCAUUAUUUUUUAAACCAGAGCCACCUCUGCAUUAUUUUUGAGACCAAAGCCACCUCUGCAGGUUUCUAUGUGUUUCCACUGCGCAUCCUUCAGACCGACUGACCAUUGGACCCACAUUACAAUGUCAUAUUCCUCUGAGAGGAGGAGCCUAUAGACCCUGUGUCACCUCAGUGCAGCUCUCAGCCUUUUAUGUUUACUGACAGGUUACUGUACUAUUUAUAACUACUUAUCGGACAGGUUACACUCCAGUUAUUGAACCGAUACAGUAGUAUUGUAAUAUUUAUAACUACUUCUCUGACAGGUUACACUCCAGUUAAUGAACCGAUACAGUAGUACUGUACUAUUUAUAACUACUUAUCUGACCAGGGUUGAGUUUGGUUUGUUAAAUAAAUAUUUUGCAGGAAUGUCCUCUAUGUAUGGGAUGUCUGCAGCUUUUCUAGUGUUUUGCUAAAGGGAUACUGCGAGUAGCUCCUGUACCUGUAGACUUCCAGUAAUUGCACUACCGCUAGUUAGCAUUGGCCCCUGAAACUACCGCUAACUUCCUUCAUACUGCACGCAGACAUAAACAUAGUAUCCACAAGUUCAUCGGACUCUGGGUAAGUAGAACAAGAUUCUCACAGUAUCCCUUUAAGCUCAGUUCAAGUCCCGUGGUGUAUGAACACGGCUAGGCUAUUACUGUGUAAGUGUUAUGCAGACAUAACAGAAACACUUAUUCACUUAUAUAAUUUGCCCUGCAGUCAUUCACGCUACUGGGGUUUAGCUCAGUUUGCUUAUGUAAGUCAUUGAGCCAUGCUAAUUCCCAAGUCAUGUUACUGCCACUUCCUCUCAUUCUUUGCUUGCAGUUCAUGCAAUUUUAAUAACAAAAAAUGGCUUUCCAAGAACGUCUGUCUGCUGUUGUCUCAGACACUACAACUCUCUGAGCUGAAUUGCAAAAACCAGGACUGAGGUUUGUAUAAUAAUAAAACUAACCUGGGUGAAAAUAAUGAACUGAUGUGAGCUCUGUACAGUAUAAUGUGAAAGCCAGUGUAUGCUAAACAUUGUAUGACAUUGUUAGUUUAUUCUAAUGACUUUUGUGUUGAUGUAUGUUUGUCUGUGUGCAUUUUAUUUUCCAGGUUGCAGGCCCAAUAAGAGGCAAACCUUGUCUAACUGAAGUACUGUUUUAAUUUGAGCUCUGACUUAGGGACAACGCAGUCUUCUCUCUAUUGUACUGAGAUGACAUGAAAACUAACAAGAGAUUUGGAUUGGAUUAGUGGAGCUUGUGUUUUGGAAAAGUGUGUGUGUGUGUGUUGGACUCUGACCAUUGAACCUGUCUCUUUUUCUAUUCUAAAGUACUCAAAAUGAAAGGAAGCCCAUUCUACAGCUGGAGGUAUGCUGGUUGCUGGUAACAUGAUGUAGGAGCACUGUGAUUGGUGUAGCUCAAUCUAGAAUUGUGUUUCUCACUGUUUUUUUGUGCAAGUGUACCUGUCCUGCUCUAAUGACAGGAGGUCGAAUUGUCACUUUUAUCACCCCUAAUGUGGGUUUGAAUCUGUGUAGGCAGAGUACAGUCUCCUUUGUAAAAAGGGGCAUGGAUUAUAAAAUGUCAGCAAAGAGCAGACAGACAUUGAUUCCCAGAGAGGAUGCAGAGAGAGAAGGUUGAAUUCCUGGUCUCUCUUUCUCUAUCCCUUUCUCUAUUUGUUUUCUGUCCCCCUCCCCUGACACACACUGCACACUCUUCUUUCCAUUGACCUUCAUUGUGAUGCAUCUGUGAUUAGAUUGGGAAAUCUCUCUAAAGCGGGAAACCAAUCACUGACAGCUGAGAUUAGGCCCAAAGUGGCUGCCAGGUCAGAGCAGUAAUGACAAUACGUGGUUUGUUUGGCAGAGACUCAUGGUAAAGCGCUAGCUAGCACAGAUAAAGGAGAGGAUUAAGAUAUGCACUGUCCUGGUCCUGAGCUCAGAGUGCACACCACCUUCAGAGCAGUGGCUGCAUCCAGUCCCUCUGCCACACCCACACACAUCCCUGCAUACUUUGGCUCUGCCCCUGCUCCCCAGCAGCCACAUCUCAUCAUUGGCCCAAUACAGGGAGAAAUAAUGAAAUGAUGAGCUGCUCAGUGCCUGUUGGCUCCAUAGACAUAGUACCUUUAGCCCUGCACGCACGCACGCACGCACACACACACACACACACACACACACACACACACAAACACACACACACAUACACAAUUGCACUAAAGUAUUUGAAACACCAGGCUGCCUAUCCCCCAGUCCUCCAAACUGUGAUGUGCAUGUCUCUAUGGUACGUCUCCCUUUCUGUUUCCCUAUUUUUGUAAUUUGUUUGGUUUUAUUCAAAUUUUACUUGCUUGCUUUUUAAUCUGACCUAAAUGCACAUGAUAGAUCCAUUCUGCAAUUUGGCCAUUCUGUAAUUUCGCAAUUCCUGUUGGGAUAAUAAAAUAUAAUGAUUUGACAAAUAGCCCAUGUAGACAAUUCGAUGGAACUCAACAUGCACACCUCCCUGCAUAAUCCAGAGGCAUGAUAAUUGUUUAUGACUGCAAAAGUAAGCAACUCAGUAUCUAAUGCCCACCCAUGUAUGAUUGAUGGUGGAAAUAACCAGUCAAUCCCCAGUUGGAGAUCUUAACAGUUGCAUGAGUUGUGACUCCUUAUAGGCUGUCAGUCAAACUGAUCUCCUCCUCUCUCCGCCUCCUAUUGGCUGACUGUAUUUUCUAUUUAUUGGCAGGAUUCCAGGGCCAGCAGUGACCUGCCAUGAUGUCCUCAAUCUGGGGUAUUCCGCUGCAGAACGUUCAAAGAAGUUAAGAGUGACCAACACCCCUCCUUCAAUCACUGGGAUCCAACAUUUACCUCUGGGGGCAGCUCGUCGAACCCUCUGCCCAAACAUACCACACCAACCACCUCAGCAACUGUAUACUACCUUUAUCAUCUUCCAUCAAGCAUGAAUCUGCAUGGCUACAUCAAUAGGUACUUAUAUUUAGAAAAUAUCAUAAAGAAGAAAGGAACUUCAAACAUAAGGUCUUUCAGACGACAUUGGACUGAUGUCAUUAUGCAUAACACCCUCCCUGGGACUUUUGACUGUAACUGUGGGACCAGGCACUCAAUAUCUUCCAAAAUCCUACCUUACUUCUCCAAGAAACACAUGACACAAAAGGGAUAUUCUGUUGUGUACUUGUGAGGGUUCCUCAUCAUUGUGAUGUCAUAAUGCGUUAUUGGGGUAUGUGUGAGAGGUCACAAUAAAACAAAAACUAAAAAAAAACAAUAGAGUACAAGAUAACCAUUUUGCCAAUGCCAUAACUCAGUUAGCUAGUGAAAUAACUAUAUUUGUUCAUCUGUGAAUGUGUAGUGUGCAACUUUAGUAAAUAUUGUUUAGAAAUAAGAUUAACAUUUUUCAUCAUUUGGCUUUCUAGACCUUACGAAUUUUCUUGAAUGUGUUGAAUUAUGUUUUUGACUCUGAACAUCAGCCUAUGGUAUGGGAUUAUUAAUCUCCUGAGACAUGGUAUUAUGGGAGGUGCAUGUUGAGUUGGUAACAAGAUAGAUCAAUACCUCAUACCCAUCAUUCAAUGAGUCAGGUAGGAGAGAAGUACCCCAUCUUACUCCACUUCACUUAAUAUAUUCUCACGGUUCAAAUCUUCAUGAGCACAUUUGACACUGGUGCUAUAUUUAGUAUAUUUUGAUGAUAAACAUUUCCUGCUCAGCAUGUCUAUAUAAAGCACAGACUAGAAUCCAUUUUUAGUGUGAGAAUCAUGUCCAAGGAAAAACUCAGGACAGCAAGAAAAACACAUAUUUAGCUCCUACCUGCCUAAGCAGGGCAAUAUAAGGGUCAACGUAGCCAACACUGUAUGUAGAAUAUCUGAGGCACUAAAGGGGUUCACUUUACAACAACUUAUCAUACCUCUAUCUGAGCUUUCUCAACUAAACUGCACAGGCCUCUGUCAGGUUCCGAUUACUGUAACACUUACUCCAUCCCACACUCCCAGUGUCCCUGUCACUGUGAACAAGCCUCAGAGAAUCAGCUAAAGGAGAAUUCAGUGUUAAACAGGAGGCUUAGAGGAAGAAACCAUGUGUACUUUAAAUAAGAAAUGUUACUAUAUUCACUAAAAAAAUAAGACUGUUUAAAAAAAGUAUUUAUUGUUGUAUAUUUGAAAUGUAUUUAUGUUGGCAUGGUGCAAUACACUUCUCUGGCCAUGUUUUUAAAGUUUACAAUGUUUUAUGAAUUGUCAUGUUUUUAUUGGAUAUUUUGACCUAACAAUUCUUAACACUGCUUUUUAUGUGACUUAUUCAAGUGCAUUGUGUAGCCUACUGUAUGACAUUUGUAUUGCAAUACAUCAUUCAAAUGUUUUAUCUGAUACAGUUUACAGACAGACAAUCUAAAUUAUUUCAUGAAAUAUGAAUGUAGCGCUCCGCUGCUUAAGAAUUUAGCCAAAAUGUUAUUUUAAAUUUAUAGACAUACAGAGUAGCUCUUCUGCAGAGAUUUAAUGCAAGGCAUUAGGUCUUAGAAAUGAGAAACUAGAACAGACAGCAGUAUAUACAUGUCACAAUGGAGGGAAAAGGCCAAAAGAAGGAGAGAGAGAGAGAUAAGGAGAAAGAAACUGUAGACGAGAGUGAGACAGAAAGAUUAUGCUACUAUGCUAUUCCUUUGACGUCAGUGCAUGCAUGACCUUAUAGGCCCUGCACUCACAAUCCAUCCAGUCUUCAUUUGAAAUGAAAUACUGAACUUAAAUACUACUGUAUAUAUCUCAAUCAUAUAGGUUUCAUGGGAACACAAUAAGCUAUUCUUAUUCACAGUGAUUUCCACUGAAUCCAGACCUGGUUACACCACUCAUCUACCACAGACUGCAGUGCAGUCAUAGUUUGAAGUUCUAAUCAACUCUCCAAUUCUGUCUUUAUCUCUCUCUUCCCAUUUAAAGCCCUGUGUGAAUCAUGACCUCACCUCCCCUCACAAUGUGAGGUCAUGUCACUGUGUGGGUCUGAGGGCUGAUGGUGUUGGACACAGAUGUCUGGCUACUACACUAAUGAUUUGGGCUCUGCCUGCUCUGCCUGUGGGGAGGAUAUGCUGCCUGAGCCUUGUAUGAAGACAAGUUUAUUCCAAAUUUAGGUUACAGAAAACAUUAGACUAAAUUCAGCUCAUGAGCUCUUUAUGGGUCUCCUGCGUUAUACCAGUACAUGUGACUUGAGGAGAAUGAGAUAAUGGUGCUUAAUCCAGAUUCAAGUCAAGGCAUAAAAUACCAUCUGGAUUCAUUUAGAUCCCAGGCAUUUUGAGAAAAUCUCCUAAGCAGCCAGUGGCUGGGUGGCUGGGUGAUGUGACCUGAGAUUUUAAGCUCUACUUUGACAGAACAGAUGUUCGGUGGAAACCAAUGGAGGGGUUUAAAACCUGUAUCGGCGUAUCUACUUUGUACUUUUUUAAAAAUACAAUAUACUUUUUAUAUCUGAUGUAAUCUCUGCACUUGGCUUGAUGGUACAGGAGGGUGUCUGUGCUGCUUGCUUUAGUAUCAUGCAGAUGUGUCUGUCUCUGUUGUGUAGCUACACUGCUUAUUCCUGCAUUAUGAUUAUAUGGUCUGAC